UAUAUAGAAUGCAACGAAAAAAAAAAAAUAAGAUUGAAACAGUUAUGAAUUCCAUUGAGUUUCCACUACUUGAUCGAAUAGCCCAAAAUUCAGUUAUUUCAACUACAUCAAAUGAUCUUUCAAAUUGGUCAAGGCUCUCGAGUUUAUGGCCGCUUCUCUACGGUACCAGUUGUUGCUUCAUUGAAUUUGCUUCAUUAAUAGGCUCACGAUUCGACUUUGAUCGUUAUGGACUGGUACCCAGAUCGAGCCCUAGACAAGCGGACCUAAUUUUAACAGCAGGUACCGUAACAAUGAAAAUGGCACCUUCUUUAGUGAGAUUAUAUGAGCAAAUGCCUGAACCAAAAUAUGUUAUUGCUAUGGGAGCAUGUACAAUUACAGGAGGGAUGUUCAGUACCGAUUCUUAUAGUACUGUUCGAGGGGUCGAUAAACUAAUUCCUGUGGAUGUCUAUUUGCCGGGCUGCCCCCCUAAACCAGAAGCAGUUAUAGAUGCUAUAACAAAGCUUCGUAAAAAAAUAUCUCGGGAAAUCUAUGAAGAUAGAAUUAAGUCUCAACAGAAGAAUCGAUCACCAGGCGGGCUGUUAGCUAGUGUGUAUCAUCUUACGAGAAUAGAAUACGGUGUGGAUCAACCAGAAGAAGUAUGCAUAAAAGUAUUUGCUUCAAGGAGGAAUCCUAGAAUUCCGUCCGUUUUCUGGGUUUGGAAAAGCGCGGAUUUUCAAGAACGGGAAUCUUAUGAUAUGUUGGGAAUCUCCUAUGAUAAUCAUCCACGCUUGAAACGUAUUUUAAUGCCUGAAAGUUGGAUAGGAUGGCCCCUACGUAAGGAUUAUAUUGUCCCCAAUUUUUAUGAAAUACAAGAUGCUUAUUGAAUGGUAAGGAAUUUAUUUUCACUUCUACGACAUAAAGACUUUUUAUAUUAUAUAUGUUCUGCUCUAGAUUAAAUAGAGUAACUGAUGUCCCGCAGGUAUUCUAUAUAUGGAAUAUGGAUAGAUAAAAAAAUAAAAGACAAGUCACGAAUUCAUUGAGAUUUGAAAAAGUUUUCUUUUGGAUGAGCUAAGAACCGAUAGAAUGAACUAAAAAGUUAUGUAUUAUGAACUUUGUACCGCGUAUCCAUCAAUUACUUACUUAGAGGGGUCAGAAAGUCCUAUACCUAUAAAUUCUUAUAUUAUUAGGAAAUCAAGAAAUAUAUACCAAAGGGAAUCUGAUUCUAUUUGGAAUUUAUCUAAGAUAAUUCUUAUUUAUCUUCAUCCUUUAACUCUUCGAGACUCUAUUUUUAUUUGAGUGUUUCAACUUUUUUUUAAUAUUUGGAAUAUGUAUAUCAAUCCGUAUUGGUUAAUUUGUAGAAUAUUAUAUAUAUAUCCCAAUAGGUACGAAACUACGCUAUUCAAAGCAUCGAGAAGGAAUCGCAGUGUGACAAAUCCUAUGUCUUACUUCUUGAAAAGCGGUUUCUGAUGUAACUGCCUAUCAUGCCAAGCUUUACGCUCUUGCUCUUGCACAGGCGGUUGCCAUCUUCCUCGGGGUGGAUCAAUUUGUGUAAACGAUCGCUUUCUAUGUCUCCCAAUCGAUGCGGUACUGCCAAUCGUAGACUGGUGACCGGGGAAUGAGAGCUUCAGCUCCAUACACCAUGAUGAAUGGAGUGUUUCCAGUCGUUAUUUUUUAGGUUGUUUGUGUAUAUGCCCAACUGUAGGUCACCUAUGUGACCAUUGGUUUCACAGCACUGAGUAAGCAUACUAAUGAAGACCCAUUUUGCAUGUCCAUGAGCUCUAGGUAAUUGAAUACGGGCUCGACUCCCUUUACCGGUAUUACCCAUCCUCACUUUCUACGUUUAGCGUACCAGCUUUCGUGUGAGAAAUCGUAUACCCUAGAGGCCCUUUACUUGAGAAGCUAGCAAGUCAGUGGCUUGAUCCCCAUGCUCUUGAUCUGAGGUGCUUGAGAAGUCUCACUGGCUUCAAAGCGGACGCUGGGGUAACGGUCCCAGAAGCUUGAGUGCCACCAACAAGCAAGAGAUUGUGAAGAAGGAGCCAAUGGAGUCCACGUAAUUGGCACACAUAAAACAGGCCGAAUCUUUUCAACUUAUGAAGCGACUACGACUUGCUGACUUUCAUGGUUUACAGAGGAAAGCAUCGCCAAAGCCUCUACUAUUUUACGUAUUGGUAAGCAAGGGGUCUCACUCUUUCCUUUGCUUUCGUGGUAUUAUGUAUAUAUAAGAGGCUCUCCCCUUCGGGAACGAGUAGCCCCCACAGAACUAACUCAGAGAUAGCAGUCUCGGCUUGAACCCCGAACUACAACCAGUUUGCUUUCCCGGGGGCAGAUAGCCAUUAACGAAGUCUGGAGCUGCUCAUCGACUCUCUGUAUAACCUAUUACUAAUUCCCUUUCCUAAGUCUCUUCUUAUUGGGCUGGGCUUUCAGUGGAGAUAAGAAGAUCCGGCCUUUACUAAGUCCUUUUCAGCCAUGAGUCUUGAAGAGGUGAAAACUAUCACCAGGUAUGCGGACUUUCCUGGAAGGUCUUGGGCACCCCUAAAGCAGUCUCUACAUCCCAAUGCCCUUACUCAAGGAACAAAGCACACCACCGAAGGCUGGCGAAGAGUAGCAAGAGCGGACUCUAUUCCGAGAACUACUACUUCGGUCUUUCCUAUAUAUAUUACUUUAUUACGUCCAUCCCUGGUUGGGUAACAAGAGCUAAGCCUACUUCCCUAGCAACUUUCCUUCCUUAUUCUUACUACUGUCUUGCUCGGACUGUUGACAAAGUAGAGUAUUUUGAAUAUGAAAAUGCGGAAUUCUGUUCUUUGCUGAAGCCCCGGUAAGAGAACUUCGACUACUAAGGCUCUAGAACUAGUUUGUUGGCCGGUGUACACCGUUUUUUAAUGCUUUUCAAGCUCGGACUGCGUACACUUUCCGUCCUCCUCUAUUCCUUCGUCAUGCGUCAUGGCGAGCUGUCUUUUCUAUCAUCUCGGAGCAGGUAUAAUAGUAUAAGAAUAAGACAAUAAGAAGGAAGAUCUUUUUCAAGCCUGAAUGCUAUCUUACUAAAGAGUUUCCCUCUCUUUGCUACCCUCUCGUCACUCGCUCCCUUGUCGACCAAGAAAGGCAUGGGAGUCUUUGUGUGGCUCAGGUUAGAUUAUGCCAUGAUUAUCUCCUAAUGGGUCUCAUCUUUCUACUAAGCGGACUAUUAGUUUCAAUAAAAGAUUGAAACUAGUCGUUCAUCAAAGCUUCCGGGUGAAAGCCAGGUGUAAGUCCUUAUAUUCGGGGCUUACCUAGGAUACAGACAGACCCGCUAUUUGCUAUGGUGAGCGCAGCGUAGGUUGACAACCUUGUCGCGGAUGACAACUGAUGAUAAGACUUUAUGGCUGUCAGCCGCAACUAAAUAGAGAUAGGGGAGGCUUAUUAUCUGUGUGACAUCGAUUCGGUGGUUAGAGAGGUUAGUUCGGGGCCCUGAUAAUCAUCACCUGGCGUCUGACACCAGAGCGAUCACGGCAUUGACUCGGGUUUAGCCUAGACAACGGUUCGCGGAUUUUAUUGUCCUUGGUGACGUUUGGCAUCGGGACCGUAAGGUCGUUGUUGAAUAUAGGAAGAUCUUAGGCAAUCAGGGGGUUUACUCCAAUCGGAAGACUUGCUUUUCCAUAGGGAUUGAAUGCCGGGUUCAUCACUUCACGGGAGAGAACACGAGGGUGAAUGUAAUUCAGCUCGACUGAAAGGAGAGGGAUUUUCCGACAACAAAAAAGCUUUUCUCCCCAACCCCAGCCAAAGGGCAAAAAGACGGGGUUGAAUGCGACUCUACCAAUACCAAUCUCCUCUGGAGCAAGGAAAAGCAACUCGGUAACGAUUAACAUAUUUUUUUUUAGAGAGGGGAGCCCUUACUUAAGAACAGAGAGUGGCCGAGCAAAAAAGCAAGGGAUAAAGGAGAAGUACCCGGCCCGGGUCUAUGCCGAAAGAGAAAAGAGUGCUGCAUGUAUAAGUCCAAAAGAGCUAUGAUGACUCUCGAAAUGGAAUUGGAAGAGCAGGGCUGGCACAUUACCAGGAUAUUAAAUUUGUGAUAACGAUGGCGGAUAAACCAGAUAAGAAUCUUACUUGUCCCCAACGCUAAAGUACCGGGCAUUUUCGGGGACUAGCCCGCUUCCACUCUUUUCUUUUCGAUUAUUUGGCCUGAUCGAAACAACCUAGGAAAGGUUGGCAGCCUACAUAACCAACCUCUCAUACCAAGAAAGCCAGGUAUCAGAUCCCUGUCGAGCCCCCCCUUUUUUUCCCAGUUCCUGUACGUGGAAUGAUUUCCAGUGAGCCAAGUAGUCUGGGGGAAAGAUAAGCCCUACCCACUACCCUUUCCGAAUACAACCCCUAUGGAAGCGGGGUCAUUCAGUAGAUGAAUUUAAGACCAUCUCCUUUAUGGUUUCUUUAAAGGAAUUCGCAGGUAUGGCACUUUUUUCAAGCAUAAAGCGAGACUUUACGACCCUUUACAAUACAUAUCAUACUCAUGAUAGAAGACCCUCUCUUUAGUAGAAAAUCCAUGUGUUGAAAGGGUAAAGAAAAGGAGUUUUUCCCUAAUAGAAAUUAUAUCUAUCUCUUACUGCUUCUUCCAUUCGUUGAUAAAAUCCUCAGGCUACUCAGCUUUAUUAGUCUUCCACUGAUUAAGGAUUUGUUAUUGACGCCUUUCUUACUAAGGUAAAUCUCUAUUUAUAUACUCCUUUUGUUUACAACGUUAUCAAAGACUUGGGAAGUCCUGAGACCUGCAUCAAGCUAGAAAACUUAUGCUAUCUUCCAAAAAAGAAAACUCUUUUAGAACCUUACCUUGGGAGAUUUACAUGUAUUCCUUAACUUAGAUUACUGAGUUAACACCUUAGCUACUUCAAGUAUAGGUAGAAGUGCUACUCCCCCUGAAAGAUUCUUAAUCUUAGAAGAAUGCCUCCGAUACCGGAUCUGCUAAACUAAAGAAAGUAACAUCUUAAUCUAAUAAGGAGGGAAUGCCAGCUGCUAGAGAUGGAGAAGGGGCUUUGAGGGAUUCCUUCUUCACUACUCUUCUGUUCUCUUUCUAGCUGCGGUUGGUGAUAUAAUAGCCACUGCUUUUCUUUUAAGAAGUGCUCCUAUGGGCAAAAGAUUAGGAGCGGCUACUCACACGGUAAGAGCGCCUUUUGGAAUCACUUCCUAUUCUAAUGAUAUCUCUGGCAUUAAGUCAGCGAAGUUACUCUCUUUCAGGCUAGGCAAAGUCUGUCUUUCCUUUCCUUCUUAAGGAGUUGCUAGCUUAGUUCGUGAGUCUAGUUCUGUUGAGUAACAGCAGGUCAGAAAAGACAAUCGAAAGAGACUUGUUUGAGAAGGGGGUGUGUUCUUCUUUUAUUCUUUUACUGUUUUAGCGCGUGCUUCGCUAACUGCAUUUUACUGGCUGUAAAAAGCCCUAUACUUCACUAUCAGCUCUUGGCUGCGCUGUGCUUGGAUGCACAAGUAAGUCUUCUACACGCCGGCGGUGAGAUGAAAACCGCCCCCAUUCAGAGGUUCCCGUGCUACCACAAUGGUAUCGAAGAAGUGACCGGAACACCUGUCCCUGACCAGCUCGUGAGUAGCAUCCCGCUGCUGGUCGGCACAGCGUAGCGUCAAAAGCAGGUCUUUUUUAUUGGCCCGCUGACCUGACCCUUUCUAGGCCUUCUUCCUACGGAACUGGAUUGUCGAUAUCCACCGAAGAAAAAAGAUCUUUUUUCUACAACACUGUCUAUGUUUGAGACGCCCUAUCGUUGUGUUUUCUGCUGAUCUUAUUCAGACUCCAAGCGAUUCCCUAUUCCUUCCAUUUGUCGAUUUUAUUCUUCACAAUAUAUUCAUUUUUUUUUAAGAAUACGAAUUGCGGGCAAAAACUUAAUGAAAUAGGUCCAAGAUCCCCUUGAAAUAGUAAGAAUCUGGCCCCCUUUUUUAAGGAUAUUUUUUUUUUAACCUCAAGUACCAUUUCAAAUUCUUGGGCGUCAUUCAGCGUAGACCCCCCUUAACUAAUAGAUGCUAGUUGAGGGGAUUGAUUGAUCACGAACUAAUUCUGGUUGGAGCAUUAAGUCAAUACAAAGGCAUUCUUUCGCUUUCUCCGGCCCUUAUAUAGUCUUAAACCCUGCCCUACGCAGAUCAGAAAUAUACUAAAAAAAGCUUUCUUUUCCUGGUUGACCUAUGUAAGACCCACUCCCUUAGUGCAGAGAGAGACUCUCGCGGAGAGAGGAUGCAGAAGGACAAUGACACUAGCUAACUAACUGAAGAGUAGUGAAGAAGUAAUCCCUCAAAGCGAGAGCACUGACCUCGCACACUGGGUCUAGCGAAUGGAACUGGAAAGCCAGCAAAAAGCCUUCUGUCGGUCGCUCAAACCGACUGACGAUACGGAGGAGCGUACCGUAUUCAUUGACGAGAAUAGUUUAAGCACAAUAGGGUAGAGCGAGAAUCGAACUCACUUGUGUGUACCAUUUUGGGAUAAAGACCGAUGCUGUUCCUACCUUUUAGCGUCUCGCAUGAUCAAUCGAUUUCAAUUUUGAUUCAAAAGACUUGAGUGGCAUGAAGCUACUAAACGAAAGCUAACUAACGUAUCUAAUCUAGUUAAGCUAUUUCAUAACCUUUCAUCAGCGAUUUCGAACAUCUUGUAAAUAAGUCUCUUUGGCUUAAAAAUAACCAAGGGGGGAGUCGUUCUUGAGGUGGAUAAUCUAGAGUAAGGGAUGAAGAGUUGCUUACUUGGUAGAGUCUGGGUGGUUGACUAGACUGAUUCUAAAGAGGAAGGGGUUUACCAAAGAAAAGAUAGAGAGAGAUCCCAAACGCUUGGCAGUUUCACUUGUUUCAGCUAUUCACAAGGAUUGCUCAAUUAGAGGUAGGCGUGGUAGCAUGGUUGUGAAAAAAGGUAUGCCUUGUAGAAGUCAGGAAGGUGAUAGCGUAAGAUAGCGGACUGGCUGACUCUAAACCCGGCUUAGCCGAUUGAAUCAAAUCUUUUUGAAGUCCGAUAGAAAAGAACUUCACGAAAGGCUGGCUUCCCUUGCUGAAGGAAGGGCUGUCCGAAGUAAAGGAGUUGAAGCCAAGGAAGCUAGGGUAGGUUCGUAUUGACAAAGAGCUGGACUUCUUAACUUUCAAUGGUGUUCUGUAGCUGUCUUCUCUCUCUAUGGGUAAGUCGCUAUUCUUUUAUUCGCCGCUGGAAGAGAUUCCAACUAUGCUUCCCUCUAACGAUAGAAGUGGAAUCCGAGCUCCUAGACAAAAGCAAAGCUUGAAUACAGAAAGAUAAGAUCAAGACUGAAUGCUUUCUAUUAUAGAAGUUGCGCCUAAUGCUUAACUAACUAUUAGCUACUAUAUUAGAUAAAGAGUGAAUCUGUACAUUACUAUAUGCUAGUAAGCACUUUAUUAGGGUUAGGGUAUGAAGGGGAAGCACAUAACUAAUAGGGUUCAGGCUUAUACGAUGAAUCUUAUCCCCCGAAGCCCCUAUCGCCUGCCUGGAACUCCUUACUUCACUCUUUCACUAGAGGUAGUUUACUUACUCACUCGUUAGAGUGAGGAGGGGAAGGAGACACAUUUUCACCAUUAACACUACUUACAGGAUGAGAAGUAAUGAUACUAGGAGAUCGACUAGUACUAGGAGAAGAGUUGUUAUCACCUGAAUGACGAGCAGACAGCCACGAAGAGAACAAAUUCCGAGCAGUCGUAUGUUGUCUCAAAGCCACAAUUGAAGCCUCUUCCGAUAAGAUCUCAAAGGAGGAGCUUCUCUCUCUCUCUCUAGAACCCAUUUCCAGAAAACAUAUUCCACAUGACUUUCAUGGAUAUAAUUUUGGUUCUGCAAAUCUUUGUUCUAUGUUGCUGUAAUAAAUUGAAUUGGUGCUUUUGAUCUGGUUGUCAGCGGGGUUUUUCCUUUUUGUUCUAUUGGUUCUAGGUGUUCUGGACAUUAUUAUAAAUUUACCAAUGAAGCGUAGGUGGAUAUUUAUGGAUGUGAUGAGAAGUGUCGUGAAGCUAGUUGUUAGUCUUGCAUGGGCCAUAGCUCUUCCGCUCUUUUAUGUGCAAUCCUUCAAUGUGGCACCUCAGCAAAUUGAGAUGUUCUGUCAUUUCUAGGGCAAUUGAAAGGUGUUCCUGCUCUGUAUAUCAUGGCGGUGGUAUUCUAUUGCCUUCCAAACAUGCUAUCUGCAGCACUCUUCCUUUUCCCACUGCUUCGACGUUUUAUUGAAAACUCUGAUUGGCACAUCAUAAGGCUCCUAAUGUGGUGGUCGCAGGUACUUUAGUUACUUUACCUCUUAGAAAUGCUGGAACUGGAACUGCCAAUUCCUCCCUUUUUCUUUCUUUUUAAAUGCUGAAAUGAAGAACUAUCUAACUGGGGAGAAGGUUGCUAUGGGAAACUCGAAAAAAAGCUUCCUUACUUACCGCCCAUGCCUGAGGAGUCACUUUUGUGCUUUGCUUGCCAGUGGGUUUUUUGUAUCAGUUCUUUGCUUUCCUUCCCGUGAAGUUCCAAGCCUUCAGUCUGCCAGGCCAAGACCCACGAUUAGCAGGAUAAGCACCUUUUGGUUCUAUACUUCCUUCACUAAUGCAGUCUAUUGCUCUCCUUGUCGAUGACCCGCAUAGCUUAGUAGCUAAACGCCAAGCUAAAGGAAUAGCUUUGAUUGAAAGAUAUCCCAUUUCCCCCUUCGCAUUCAAUAGGUUCUUUUUUUUUUUUUUAAUUGUACACCAACUAAUUAUGACUUCUCCCACUUACUUUAAAGUGAACAGUCACUGACGGAGGUCAACUCGCAAGAGGUAGGAUUCCGAUUCCUCGAUUGAUUAGUUCUCCAUUCCAAAGCAAGAGCCGACGU